GGGCUGCUGCUCUGAGACCAGUUUGGCUCUCAUUUUGUGUUGAGCAUCUUAUUGAUAUGUGGCCUUAACAGUGGUCCUAAAUCAGUGCCUUGUUUGUAGAGACUCCAUUCGUGGACUCCUACUCCACCUCCUAAGCCGAGAACCAGACACACUGGUCUCAUACCUCCAAAAGCUUUGUUAAACAGCACAGGACAGUUUUAGAGAUCACUGAGAGCCAUGAAGCAUUUGGUCCUGGUGGUUUGGGGUUUGCUGCUGUCUCCACAGCGGGCACACAGCGGGCAUACUCCUUGCAAGCCAGUAACGUCCAGCUUUUGUCAAGGUUUGGGAUACACCACUAGCUCCUAUCCGAACGGUGCACUAGGCUACAACCUGCAGCAGACUGGUCAGAUUGUGGAGACUCGUUGCUCACCGAACGUCGGCAUACUCAUGUGUCGCGUUGUUGUGCCCGAAUGCGACUCGGAGACCAACAACCAAAUGAAGCCAUGCCGAGCUCUCUGUGAGAAGGUCAAGACAGACUGUGAGUCUGCCCUCAGAGCGAAGAGGUUGAUCUGGCCGUCGAGACUACGAUGUGAAACUUUACCAACGUCUAACUGUGUGCAGGGUCCAGUCAUCACUGUAGCUCCAACCCCCGCUGCCCCCGCUGCAACAUGUCAGCCAAUCACUGUCUCUCUCUGCAGCGACCAGCCUUACUCUGAGACUGUCCUGCCCAACGUUCUGGGCCACACAACUCAGGAGGAUGCAGGCCUGGUGCUACAGACGUUUGCACCGCUUAUACAAGUGGGGUGCUCCACUCAUCUGAAGCCUUUCUUGUGCUCUGUCUACACUCCUAAGUGUGUGUUAGGUAAAGCUCAACCACCCUGCAGAACGCUCUGCGAGCAAGCACGGUCCGGCUGUGAAUCACUGAUGAACAAGAUUGGUUUACAGUGGCCAGAACCCCUCAGGUGUGAAGCAUUUACCACAGAUUCCUGUGAACAUAGUCAAGACUUCAGUUUUACUCAAACAUCCUCAACAUGUGAGACAAUCACUGUCCCUCUCUGCCGUGACCUGCCUUACACUGAGACUGUCUAUCCCAACAUUCUGGGCCAAAAAACUCAGGACGAAGCAGGCCUGGAAAUACAUCAGUUUUUUUCCGCUUGUAAGACUGGGUUGCUCCACUCAUCUGAAGCCUUUCUUGUGCUCCAUCUACACUCCAGAGUGUGUGUCGGGAGCACCUCGACCUCCCUGCAGAACGCUCUGCGAGCAUGCACGGUCCGGCUGUCAGCCGGUGAUGACAAAGUUUGGCUUCCAGUGGCCAGAAACCUUAAGGUGUGAAGCAUUAACCACAGAGUCCUGUGAACACUAUGGAGUGGGCAGCAGCGGGGGGGUCUGUGAGCCGAUCACCAUACCGAUGUGCCAGGGCCUGUCCUACAACCAGACCAUCACUCCAAAUCUUCUGGGACACACAAGUCAAAGAGAAGCGGUAGCGAAGAUGUCCUUUUUCAACGCGAUGGUGCAAACCAUGUGCUCGGUGGAUAUUCGCCUGUUCGUGUGCAUGGUGUACGCCCCCCAGUGUGUGGCGGGGGAAGUGCAGCGGCCCUGCAGGUCUUUCUGCGAGAGAGCCAAACGGGGCUGUGAGGGUUUGAUGACCAGCUUUGGCGUUUCCUGGCCAAAUGAGCUGCGGUGUGACUCAUUUCCAGAGGAAAUGUGUGUAACAGAGGACAGCAGGCCUGAUAUGCUGACUGCUGAAGGACUUCUCGCUAAGCUGAUCGCAGGGGGCUUCUCUGUUCGUGGCAAAACCCUGAGUCUCAAGACAGCCCGCAUCCUGUUGACCCUCAUGGAUGAAGACAAGACUGACGACCUGAAUGUGGUGGAGGUCUUCAAACUGGAGCACUAUCUGGCCGUUAUCAGGAGGGAGUAUGUGGAGAGCUACGAGAGCAGGAACCCACCCUCCGUCACUCAAACCCAAAUGAAAAAGGCUCUGUCUGCCCGUGAAUUCCAUUUAGACGAUGAAACCUUCAGAGCUCUGUGGCACGAGUACCGCUCCAAAGGUGGGAUCGACUACGAUGAGUAUGUGGCCGUCCUGACAAAACUUCAGAUCCUCAGAGAUCGAUUCCAGGCUCAUCUGCUGAGUUUGCCGUGUGACUGCCAAGUCGCCAGUUUCUCUUUCAAGCAGUUCAUGAAAUCAGCCAUAAUCUGAGGAUCAAGCAGGAGGAGCUGAGAAGAGAAAUUAGUAGCAUAUCUGUUUAGAGCUGUAGGGACCAUAUAUGUGGUUAUAGAUCAUUAACAUGUCUUCGUUAUUAAAGUACAGAAACAUUAAAGUGAAAAAUGAGCUGUUGUGUGUUUGAGCGAUUUCUUAUCAAUGUGUGAAGUUUAUAUUUGUCAGUUUUUAUGUGUGUGUUUGUGUAUUUUCAGCUUACAUAUAUGAAUUCUGUAAAAUUGUUAUCUCUUACUUACAUUAAAAAUACUCGGAUGAAACAAUCAUUAA